AGUCUAUAUAUAUUCACUCUCCUCACAUUCCCAGGACCUUACAAUUUUCUUCUCCUUCUUACUAUUCACUCUCUAAUUCUUUUUCUUUCUACUUCAUCUUCAUAUACAUUAAAAAAAAAAAAAUCUUCUCGUACUCAAAGAGUCAUGGCUGUCGGAGGGUUAGGGCCUUCGGGCGGAAAAGAAUUCGAGGCAAAAAUCACUCCGAUUGUUAUCAUCUCAUGUAUCAUGGCCGCCACGGGUGGCCUUAUGUUCGGUUAUGAUGUUGGUGUCUCGGGUGGUGUAACAUCGAUGGACCCGUUCUUGAAAAAAUUCUUUCCGGUGGUAUACAGAAGAAAGCAAGGAGGAGUUCAAGACAAUAACUACUGCAAAUACAACAAUCAAGGGCUGCAAUGGUUCACAUCGUCUCUUUAUUUAGCUGCUCUGGUGGCUUCGUUGUUCGCUUCGCAUACGACGAGGCAACUUGGCCGGAAAGUCACGAUGCUCAUCGCCGGCGUGUUUUUUAUCUGCGGUGUUAUACUGAAUGCCGCCGCUGUGAAUCUGCUCAUGCUUAUUCUUGGUAGAUUAUCACUCGGCUGUGGAGUUGGGUUUGCAAAUCAGGCAGUUCCUCUGUUUUUGUCGGAGAUAGCACCUACAAGGAUACGCGGUGCACUGAACAUAUUGUUCCAGCUUAAUGUCACCAUUGGUAUUCUGUUUGCCAACCUUGUUAACUAUGGGACAGCAAAAAUUGAAGGUGGAUGGGGUUGGAGGCUGUCGUUGGGACUAGCUGGAUUUCCGGCAGCACUGCUAACAAUAGGUGCUAUCUUUGUUUUGGAUACCCCAAACAGUCUUAUUGAGCGUGGUAAAUUGGAGGAAGGAAAAAGAGUUCUCAGAAAGAUUCGUGGUGUUGAGAAUGUUGAACCUGAAUUCGAAGAGCUUCUUGAGGCUAGCAGGAUAGCUAAAGCAGUCAAAAGACCUUUCAGGAACCUUGCAAUGAGAAAGAACAGGCCACAACUUAUCAUAGCAGUUGCUAUGCAGAUAUUCCAACAAUUCACCGGAAUCAAUGCAAUUAUGUUUUAUGCACCUGUUUUGUUUAACUCGCUUGGAUUUGGAGGUGAUGCUUCGUUGUAUUCAGCUGUGAUCACAGGUGCUGUCAAUGUGGUGUCAACAGUAGUAUCAAUUUAUUUUGUUGACAAGUUGGGUCGGAGAAAACUAUUGUUGGAAGCUGGAGUUCAAAUGUUUCUUGCACAAUUUAUUAUUGGUAUAGUACUUGGAAUGAAGCUUUCGGAUAACAGCAACAAUCUAGGCAGCGGUUUAUCUAUACUAGUAGUGGUCAUGAUAUGCACAUUCGUGUCAUCAUUUGCAUGGUCUUGGGGGCCAUUAGGAUGGCUAAUUCCCAGCGAGACGUUCCCACUUGAGACAAGGUCAGCAGGACAGAGUGUGACUGUUGUCGUCAACAUGCUCUUCACAUUCAUCAUAGGACAGUCAUUCUUGUCCAUGCUCUGCACCUUUAAGUUUGGUAUAUUCCUGUUCUUCUCCGCUUGGGUGUUGGUGAUGUCUCUCUUUGCAUUCUUUCUUAUUCCCGAGACCAAGAACGUGCCAAUUGAGGAAAUGACUGAAGAAGUUUGGAAGAAACACUGGUUCUGGAAGAGAUACAUGGUUGAUAACGAGGGGAAGGAGAUGGAUGAUAUGUUUGAUAAAAAUGGAGUUGCUAGAGUAUAGAGUGCAUCAAUAUAUGCAGCAUAUCUAUUUUCAAUAAGAGGAGGAUGAAGACAUGCUUGGGAGAACUUUGGUAGUUGAUAAGUUUGUAGGUAAUCUAUUACAUUAUAUUCUGGACUAGCAACUAUUUGGUUUUGGUUUUUAAAUUUCAUCCUGUUCCAACUUUAAUUGCGAAACAGAUUGUGUUGCUCCUUUGCUUUUAAAUGCAAUGCUUAUACUGAAACAGUUUCUUCAAUAUGACAAAACAAUUUUUGUAGUA